AUGUAUGGAAAUUUAAGUUGUGUACGUCCACCAUUUCAAGAUUUAAAUCAUCGUUUAAAUGUUCGUCAUUUACCAUCAAUUCAACCAUUAACCAAAGGUGCCGGUCGUAAUUUAGUUUUAAAUUCUCUUAAUCAAUCAACAAAUCAACGUAAAAAACAAUUAGGAAAAUAUGGUGUUAGUGGUGGUGGAGGAGUUGAGUCGAUAUUUAAACCUCGUACAAUUACCAUAGUAAAACAUGGAGAAAAACCAAGAAAAACAAUAACAAUUCUAUUAAAUAGAAGAACAGUACAAACAUUUGAUCAAUUAUUAAAUGAUAUAUCAGAAGCAUUUGGAUAUCAAAAAUUUAAAACUGAUAGAAUUAAAAAAUUAUUUAAUUUAAAAGGAAGACAAAUUCAUGGUAUUAAUGAUUUUUUCAGAGAAGAUGAAUUAUUUAUUGCUUCAAAUCAAUCCGAUAUUUCACAUACUGAAUUACAAGAUAUUAAUACAGAACUAUUAGUGGGUGAUCCAUUAAAAGUUAAACAACAAUUUAAACAAAUACAAAACUUGACAACAACAAGUCCUACUACUGUCGGAUUAAAACAGCCACAUCAACAAAAUGAUCAACUACCACCAUUAACAAUUGAUUUAAAAAAAAUAAAUGGUAUUCGAGAUAGUGGAUUUACAGAUGAUGAAGAUUUAUCGGGUCGAGAUUCGGAUGUGACAUCAUCAUUGAAAACGGGUCGAUUAAAUGCUUAUGAUACAUUUAAAGGAACUAAUCCUGCGACAAUAAAAGAACCAUCUGAAGAUGUACCUACUCAUGAUGAUCUUAUCAGAAAAUCAAAAAAACUAACAAAAUUGAAUCAACAAUCUAUUGAAUUAAAACGUGAAAAAGAACGUCAACGUUUACGCGACGAAGAAGAUAAACGAAAACGUCUACUAGCAUUAAAUUUAAAUAAUACAUCAACACCUAAUGUCCUUGGAACAACUAUUCGUCCAAAUGCAAAAUUUGAACCAUUGACUGUUGAUAAUGUCAAUAAUUUGAUAAAUCAAAUGGAUGAUACUGCACGAUCAACGAAAAAUAAAACACCAAUUGGUACAUUUUCUCCUCAUUUCUAUACUAAUGCUGGUUCCAAGGCAUCAAAACAUGUAACAACACAAGGUGCUGUUCAU